AUGGCAGCAAAGCUCUUGCAUUCUUUAGCAGAUGACAACCCAGAUUUACAAAAGCAGAUAGGAUGCAUGACUGGGAUUUUCCAACUUUUUGAUCGUCACCACAUUAUUUCUUCUCCCUGCAUUACCCAGAAGAGGCUUCCUCCAGGUAAUUCCCACUUCAAUUAUGACAGCCUGGAAAGAGAUUCUAAAAGCAUACACCAGGAACAAUCAACAGCAGAUAUGAGGGGCACGAGUGAUAAGCUCAAAAUUUCGACAGAAUCAUCAAGAACUUCAUUCUCUUCUUCUUGUUCAUUAUCAAUGUCCUCUUUGGACUACAAAGCUCAAGCAGAUGCUCCCCUUGAAAGGAUUGGUUUUCCUGAAAAUCCUAUGAGGGGCCCAGUUGUGUACCAAACAUGUACCUCUCCCCAUUUAGGAUGUCCCUCCCUUGACCUGAGGGAUGUGGUGAAGGACUCUAUAUAUAGGGAAGCCAGAGGACUGUCCAAAGAAAGGGAUUCCCCAAGACAUUCUCAGCUGUCCAAAUCUGUUGAUAGAAAGCAAACUCCUAUUGAUCUAAAGGAGUCCUUGCGAGUCCUUGCUAAACUUAGAGAAGCACCUCGGCAUUAUGUUGAAGCUAAAGAACUUCCAAGAUUAUCAAAUGAAGCAAAAGAUGGACAUUGGCAUUCCAUCUCAAAGGAUCCUCCUCGGUUUUCUUAUGAUGGAAGAGAAACAAGUGAGAUGUCUUUGGAAUCACAUGAUACUUUGAAAUGCCCACCAAAGCUAAAAGAGCUUCCUAGACUUUCAUUGGACAGUAGGGAAGGUUCAUGGCGCACACACGGCUCUGAUUCAAAACCCGGUAACCUUUCAAGUACAAGUGGUGCCUCCACCUCAGUUGACAACGUUUCUAGUCUACAUCAGCCUUCAGAAAACCAGAGACGACCACCUAGUAUUGUAGCAAAAUUAAUGGGCUUGGAAGCAUUGCCAGAAUCCUAUACGGCUUGUAAUAACAAGUCAAGUUUGAGUGCAGCUGGCUCAACUCAAAGCAAUGAUCAGUUUUGGAAAAACGGAUCUAUUAGACCACUUCGAGUUUCGACUUUCCCUGAAAUCUCGUUGGCAGAGAAAGAGAUGACACCCCCACGGUGGAAGAACCCUGAUUUGGUUGUGAAACCAAUCUUGAGCACAAAGUUUCCCAUUGAACCUGCACCAUGGAAGCCGCAGGAUGGAAACCAAAGCUCUGAGAAACUAACUUCCAAGGCCAUAAAACCUACAGCAAGAACACCAGAAUCAUUUCCUUCAGUUUAUACUGAGAUUGAGAAGAGAUUGAAGGAUCUUGAGUUUAAACAAUCUGGAAGGGAUCUCAGAGCACUCAAACGGAUACUGGAAGCAAUGCAAGUAAAAGGUCUGUUAGAGACCAGAGAAGAAGACCAAGCUUCAAAUGUUGUUGGAAAUGAAGGAGACAGUGAACUAAAACCAACCUUAAUUCAUCAUUCUAUGUCUAUGAGGCAGCAAACAGCCUGGGAAUCUGAUUCUGCAAUGACUAUAGAGUCACCAAUAGUAAUCAUGAAACCAGCAAAACUUGUUGAGAAAACCAGAAUUUCUGCUUCUUCAGUCUUUCCAAUUGAUGAACUUUCUGAUUCCAAUAAACUUCAGAAUAAUGGUGUACAUGUACAUGAUAAAAAGGGGACAGCUUCCAGUCAAAUAGCAAAAGAUCAGUCUGUCAGAAGCAGUUACAAGGAUGCUUCUACCAGUUAUAGAGAAAAGAAAGCAAAUAGUAUCAAGACUAUAAAAUCAGCACAAUCCCAACCAAAGUCUACUCUAUUUACAAAAGAAAAUAGCCCAAGCUCAGUAAAGAAUUCAGGAUCUGUUAGCCCAAGAAUGCAACAGAAGAAGUUAGAAUCGGAGAAGCAAUCUCGCCUUCGUACCCCACCAUCAGAUUCGAGUAAUCCGAGAAGGCAACCCUGUAAGCAGACAACUGACUCAGAUUCUCCCAGUCGAAAACUGAGACUUAAAGUCCCUAAUUCACAGUAUAGUGAUGACAGAUUAAGUGAGACUAGCAAUGAAUGGAGAAGUUUAAGUAGCCAGUGGGAUGAAGUAUCUCUGCAAUCAGACAGUAACACUUUCGACUCAAAGAUGGAUAUUGAAGUUACCAGCAGUUUACAAUCUGUUGAAAUUAUUGAUAUCCAAAGCCCAUCUUGGAAGGCUACUGAGCAUUUGGUUUCAGGAUCAACGCAUAAGAAAUCAAUGCUGAGGUGGAACGAGGAUGAGUCAAUUACAAAACUUGCAACACAUCCCUCAUAUGAUCUUGUCGAUGUCUCAGUAUACAAAUUCGAUAUGUCAUCCCCAGCAAAGAGCAUAUCCAAUAUUCGUCAAGCUGACGGUGGUCAAGAAUCUAAAGAAAAUUAUCAUACAGAUCAUUGGAGCCCUGUAGAUGGCCUCUUCGUUAACAACCCAAGAUAUAGAGAGAUUAACCACAGGAAAUUGCAAAGCAUAGGUCGCCUGAUUCAAAAGCUUAGACAACUAAACUCAAGUCAUGAUGAAACUAGAAUCGAUUACAUAGCUUCCCUUUGUGAAAAUACAAAUUCAGACCACAGAUACAUUGCUGAAAUACUGUUGGCUUCAGGGCUACUACUGAGAGCUUUGAGUUCUGAGUUGUUGACAUUUCAACAUCACUCAUCAGGUCAUCCCAUUAACCCUGAGUUAUUCCUUGUGUUGGAGCAGACCAAGUUAAGUAGUUUGGUUUCCAAAGAAGAAAGCAGCUUUGGAAAAGUUGCUUACAUGAAGCUAAAUAUAGAGAAGUGGCAUAGGAAACUCAUCUUUGAUACUGUGAAUGAGAUUCUUGGUACAAAGCUAGGCUCUUCUCUUGAGCCAUGGUUGAAGCCUAAUGGACUUCCAAUGAAAUUCGUCACUGCACAAAAGCUUCUUAAAGAACUUUGCUUUGAGAUACAAGAACUUCAAUAUGUGAAGCCAGAUUGCGGUAUAAAAGAUGAAGGGGAUGGUCUGAAAAGCAUGCUAUGGGCAGAUGUGAUGUGCCACUCAGAAAACUGGAGAGGUUUCCCUGGUCAAUUACCUGGGGUUGUGUUGGAUGUUGAGAGACAGAUAUUUAAGGACUUACUUGAUGAGUUUGUGAUUGGUGAAGUGGCUAGUUUGCGAGUGUAG